AUGUUCUCUACUCUAUUGAGAAGUCUUGGUGAAAAAAGGGUUUGUACCAUGGCUUCGCGGACUGAAAUCAACGGAUCGGGACUCAAAGCUCUAGAUGCCAAGCGCGAAAGCUGUUCGCAGACCAAAACUCUUCACAUCGCAAGACCAGAAAAGGGCAAGACAUUGGCCGACUUUCAAAAUAUUUAUAACAGCAUUGCCGAAAAAAUGAAAAGCGAAAGUGCUUACGACGAUGGUACGGGUUAUGGACCGGUCUUAGUUCGUCUUUCAUGGCAUUCUUCGGCCACUUACGACAAAAAUGACAAUUCUGGUGGCUCAUAUGGAGGUACAUUCAGGUUCAAAAAGGAAGCUAGUGACGUCCUUAGCAAAGGUUUGGAAAAUGCUACAAAGUUCCUGGACCCUAUUCACAGCGAGUAUCCCUGGUUAUCACAUGGAGAUUUGUACACUUUAGGUGGUGUUACCGCCUUGCAGGAACUUGGUGGACCAAAAACGCCAUGGAGGCCAGGGAGAGUGGACACAGGCCCGGAAACGGUGCCCGCUCACGGCCGACUACCAAUUCCUGAAGGGAACGCUUCUUACGUUAGGAAUUAUUACGACAGGUUCGGAUUCAACGAUCAAGAAGUUGUUGCUCUUUUAGGUGCUCAUAUUUUAGGUAAAACGCACUUGAAAAACUCUGGUUACGAUGGGCCGUGGGACGAUGAUACAAACAUUUUCAGUAACGAAUUCUUCGGAAACUUGUUGGAAAGAAAAUGGACACUGGAAAAAAAUGCGGCAAGCAAUAUGCAAUACAAUGCCAAAGGUGGCAUUAUGAUGCUGCCAACCGACUACGCUUUGGUACAAGACCCGAAGUAUCUGAAAUACGUCAAGAAAUACGCAGAUGAUCAAGAUGCUUUCUUUUCGGACUUUAGGGACAUUUACGUCAAACUCUUAGAAAGAGGUAUUAGUUUUGAUGACUCCAUCGAGCCGCUCGUCUUCAAGACUUUGAAAGAGCAGCUAAAGUAA